UCUAAUGCCAAUUCUUCACCAAAAUUUUUUUUGAGCGAAAACAUUAAUUUUUUAAUACGAGGUUAAUUAAUUAAUACGAGGUCAUCAGGUUUCAUUUUAUGCGAUUGCUUUCGGGUAACAAAGGUAAAGGUGUGAAAAAGAACAUCCUUAUGUAUGUACAUAUGUAUGUACAUGGAUGUCAUACAUGUAUACAUGUACAUUUGUAUAUUAGCUGUACGUUGCAAAUAGCGCUAUAUAAAAAAAAGUUAGCACUAUACACAUGUAAAAUGUUUGCAAAACAAAACAUAUUUUAUGAAAUGUGCAAUAUAUCUUAAAAUUUGGUAUAGUAGAAAUUGGAAAACAAAAUGUUCAAAUGUUGCACAGAAGAAGAUGGAAAAACAAUGCGAAGAAAAAUGUGCAAGCUUUCUAACGCCGCUGUCGGCAUCGACGUUGGCAUCGCAGUCAGCGGCGCAGCCAGCGGCGCAGUCAGCGGCCUUGCCAACAAGAACAGCCGCGAAGCAUCGCGAAGCAGCGGAGAGGCGUUGGAAAAGCGGAGAGCAGAGCGCUGAUGAGAGCAGAGAGCAGAGCGGCAUUUCGAAUGCAGACGGCGGUGGUGUCGGUGUCGUUUUGGUUUUGUCGGCGGUUGCUAAACACAAUUUAAGUUCACUCGGUUAGCAGACAUUACAUACAUCUAUACAGAUGUAUUUGUAUGAAGGCAUGUGUGUGCAAGAAGCCAGAAAAAGGAAUAACAACGUUCGUUGAGUCGCGUUCGGUUUUAUUUUUUUUGUGUGUGCGUGCGCGUGUGUAUAGUGUGCUUUGGAUUUGCCAAUUUUAGCCCACUGGCUCUCAUUGUCAAACUUAAACUUAAAGAGCGAGCAACGUGACGUGUCGCUAAAAUUCGCGCACACAACUUCCUACUACAACAACUGAAAUAAAGCGAAAGAAAUAAAAAAAAAAAAAAACGACUGAAAAAGGCAAGACUUGUUUUUUUUAUUGUGCAUCUCUAUGUGUGUGAUUGUCAGUGUGGGAAAAAUACAAAAAGAGAACUGGAGAGAGAGAGUGGUACAGCGAGAAAAAGAGCCGCACAAAAAAGAGAGCAAGAGCAGCUGAUUUUAGCCGGCAAGUGUCAGCUGUUUCGCGCCAGAGCGAGAUAGCUCUACUUCGGCGCGGCGAACAUGUUAUGUCUUGCACGCCGUCUCCUCUUUGCGCUGCAUUCGCUUUAGCAAUGCACCAACAACAGCAACAUCAAUUGGAUGUAAAAGAAAUUCAACAGCAAAGGCAAAAUUGGCGGAUACAACAACAGCAAAGAAGGAAUGUCGAGGAACUAAGGCAAAUUCAAGAAAUACCGCAAUUGCAACCACAUCAAAUAAGCAAAACGCACGAAACACUCAAAAAUCAACACCUGAUACCGCAGCUACUUAAUCAAAUACAGGAAAUACCGCAAAUAUCGGAAAUACACAAGUUACAACAACCAAGUUACCAAAUUCAACAUUUAACGCAACGACAUAAACACAUAUCUAAUUGUCAACAAAUCAAUGAAACACCCCACAUGCAAACUAUUCAAGUAACUGUGCAAAGUCAGCAAAAACGACCAGAGUUACAUCAAGUUCAGCAACAACAGCUCCAACAAAUAAAUCGCUUACCGUGUAUACCAGAAAUACCGCAAAUACCAGAAAUACUCCAAAUACAGCAAUUUCAAAUAGCGCAGCAAAACCAAACAAUACUGGGGGCAACAACAACAUCGUUUAAAAACAGCAAUAGCAAUAGCAACAAUAGCUGUAGCAAUAGCAAUAACAUCUACUACUUUAACAGCAACAACAAUAACAGUAGCAACAGCAGUGGCCACAUAAUGUUAGCCUCUGCCAGUGCCUCUGCCGCAGCUCGCAAACGCAGCCGCAGUGCAAGCAACGGUAGCAAGAGCAACAAAGCCACCAGCGGCCGCAAAUUAACCAAGAGCAUGUCCGCCGGCGCUCAGUUGCAAAUGGCCCCGCAGACCACUUCGGCCCUAAGUCACCACCAUCCCAAUCAGCAGCAGCAGUUGCAACCGCCGCAGCAGCAGCCCCCGCCCCCUCCCCCGCAACAGCAGCAGCACUUUGCUAACCAUCACAGCGCUCAGCAACAGUCGCAGCAGCAGCAACAGGAGCAACAGAACCCCCAGCAGCAGCAGCAACAGUCGCAGCAGCAGCAGCAGAUACUCCCGCAGCAACAUCUGCAGCACCUGCACAAGCAAUCGCAUCAGCUGCAACUGCACCAGCAGCAGCAGCAGCUCCACCAACAGCAGCAGCAACACUUCCACCAGCAGCAGCAACAAUCGCUGCAGGGGCUGCAUCAGGGUAGCAGCAAUCCGGAUUCGAAUAUGAGCACUGGCUCCUCACACAGCGAAAAGGAUGUGAACGACAUGCUGAGUGGAGGUGCAGGAACGCCAGGAUCAGCGGCUAUCCAGCAGCAACAGCAGCAACAACAUCCCGCCUUUCCGCCCGCCCUGGGAAUGCAACAGCCGCCGCCGCCGCCCCAGCACUCCAAUAAUGGAGGCGAGAUGGCCUACUUGACGGCGGGAACGACCACGACGACGUCGGUGACGGCGGUGGGCAAGCCGCGGACGCCGGCGGAGCGGAAACGAAAGCGGAAAAUGCCGCACACCAGUGCGGACGAGGCGGGGAGUGGUGGUGGCUCCGGCGGAGCAGGAGCGACCGUGGUGAACAAUAGCAGCCUGAAGGGCAAAUCCCUGCCCUUCCGUGAUAUGCCCAAGGUGAACAUGAGUCUGAAUCUGGGCGAUCGUUUGGGUGGCUCGACGGGCAGCGGCGGCGGAGCCGGUGGCGCCGGAAGCGGCGGCAGUGGAGCGGGUUCCGGGUCCGGGAGUGGCGGCGGCAAGAACGCCCGUCUCAUGGUGCCCGUCAGCGACAACAAGAAGAUCAACGACUACUUCAACAAGCAGCAAACGGGCGUGGGCGUCGGUGUGCCCGGCAGUGCGGGCGGCAAUGCCCCCGGGCUCCGGGGAUCGCAUACGGGCGGCGGCAGCAAGUCGCCCUCAUCCGCCCAACAGCAGCAGCAGCAGCAACAGCAGCAGCAACAACAGCAGCAGCAGCAGACGGGGCAGCAGCAGGCGAGCGGCGUUGCGACAGGCGGCGGCGGCAGCGGCGGAGGCGGAUCCGCUGGCAACCAGGUGCAGGUGCAGACGAGCAGCGCGUACUCACUGUACCCACCAGCUAGUCCCCAAACGCAGACGCCGCAGCAACAGCAGCAGCAGCAGCCGGGAGCCGACUUUCACUACGUCAACUCCAGCAAGGCGCAGCAACAGCAGCAGCAGCAGCGCCAGCAGCAGCAGACUUCCAAUCAAAUGGUUCCUCCUCACGUGGUCGUCGGCUUGGGCGGUCAUCCGCUCAGCCUGGCCUCCAUCCAGCAGCAGCAGCAGACGCCCCUGUCGCAGCAGCAACAGCAGCAGCAGCAGCAGCAACAACAGCAGCAGCAACUGGGUCCGCCGACCACAUCGGCGGCGUCCGUCGUUCCGACGCAUCCGCAUCAACUCGGCUCCCUGGGCGUGGUCGGCAUGGUUGGCAUGGGCGUGGGCGUCGGCGUUGGCGUGAAUGUGGGCGUGGGACCGCCUCUGCCACCGCCACCACCGAUGGCCAUGCCGGCGGCCAUUAUAACGUACAGCAAGGCCACGCAGACGGAGGUGUCGCUGCACGAGCUGCAGGAACGCGAGGCGGAGCACGAGUCGGGCAAGGUGAAGCUGGACGAGAUGACGCGGCAGUCGGACGAGCAGAAGUGCCAGAUACUGGGCAACCAAAAGACGAUCGACCAGCACAAGCUGCACAUUGCCAAGUGCAUCGAUGUGGUCAAGAAGCUGCUCAAGGAGAAGAGCAGCAUCGAGAAGAAGGAGGCGCGGCAGAAGUGCAUGCAGAAUCGCCUGAGACUCGGCCAGUUUGUCACCCAGCGAGUGGGCGCCACAUUCCAGGAGAACUGGACGGACGGGUAUGCGUUCCAGGAGCUAAGUCGGCGGCAGGAGGAGAUAACCGCCGAGCGGGAGGAGAUCGACCGCCAGAAGAAGCAGCUGAUGAAGAAGCGUCCGGCGGAGUCCGGACGCAAGCGCAACAACAACAGCAACCAGAACAACCAGCAGCAGCAGCAGCAGCAGCAACACCAGCAGCAGCAGCAGCAGCAGAAUUCCAACUCGAACGAUUCCUCGCAGCUGACGGGCGGCGUUGUCACCGGACCGGGCAGCGAUCGCCUGGGCGGCACGGCCGGCGGCGUCAGCGUCGACAGCGGACUGGGCGGCAAUAAUGCGGGCGCCAUUGGCGGCGGCGGCGUUGGAGGCGGCGGUGUCGGCGGCAGCGGUGUUGGCGGCGGCGGCGUGGGCGGCGUCGGUGGCGGCGGCGGACGUGGUCUGUCGCGCAGCAACUCGACGCAGGCCAAUCAGGCACAGUUGCUGCACAACGGCGGCGGCGGCUCGGGCGGCAAUGUGGGCAACUCGGGCGGAGUCGGCGACCGGCUGUCCGAUCGGGGAGGAGGCGGCGGCAUCGGAGGCAACGACAGCGGCAGCUGCUCGGACUCGGGCACGUUCCUCAAGCCGGAUCCCGUUUCGGGGGCGUACACUGCCCAGGAGUACUACGAGUACGACGAGAUCCUCAAGCUGCGACAGAACGCCCUGAAGAAGGAGGACGCCGACCUGCAGCUGGAGAUGGAGAAGCUCGAACGCGAGCGCAAUCUGCACAUCCGAGAGCUCAAGCGGAUACUCAACGAGGAUCAGUCCCGCUUCAACAACCAUCCCGUGCUGAACGAUCGCUACCUUCUGCUGAUGCUGCUGGGCAAGGGCGGCUUCUCCGAGGUCCACAAGGCCUUCGACCUCAAGGAGCAACGCUAUGUCGCAUGUAAGGUGCACCAAUUAAACAAGGAUUGGAAGGAGGAUAAGAAAGCUAAUUAUAUCAAACACGCCUUGCGGGAAUACAACAUCCACAAGGCGCUGGACCAUCCGCGGGUCGUCAAGCUCUACGAUGUCUUCGAGAUCGAUGCGAACUCCUUUUGCACGGUGCUUGAGUACUGCGAUGGCCACGAUCUGGACUUCUAUCUGAAGCAACAUAAGACUAUACCCGAGCGCGAGGCGCGUUCGAUAAUAAUGCAGGUUGUAUCUGCACUCAAGUAUCUAAAUGAGAUUAAGCCUCCAGUUAUCCACUACGAUCUGAAGCCCGGCAACAUUCUGCUCACCGAGGGCAAUGUCUGCGGCGAGAUCAAGAUCACCGACUUUGGCCUCUCGAAGGUGAUGGACGACGAGAACUACAAUCCCGAUCACGGCAUGGAUCUGACCUCCCAGGGAGCGGGCACUUAUUGGUAUCUGCCGCCCGAGUGCUUUGUGGUGGGCAAGAAUCCGCCGAAGAUCUCCUCCAAGGUGGAUGUGUGGAGUGUGGGCGUGAUCUUCUACCAGUGCCUGUACGGCAAGAAGCCAUUCGGUCACAAUCAGUCGCAGGCAACGAUCCUCGAGGAGAACACCAUCCUGAAGGCCACCGAAGUGCAGUUCUCCAACAAGCCAACCGUUUCCAAUGAGGCCAAGAGUUUCAUUCGAGGCUGUUUGGCCUAUCGCAAGGAGGAUCGCAUGGACGUGUUCGCGCUGGCCAGGCACGAGUACAUCCAGCCGCCGAUACCGAAACACGGACGCGGAUCGCUCAACCAGCAGCAGCAGGCGCAGCAGCAACAGCAGCAGCAGCAGCAACAGCAGCAGCAACAGUCGUCGACGUCGCAGGCCAACUCCACGGGCCAGACAUCGUUCUCUGCCCACAUGUUUGGCAAUAUGAAUCAGUCGAGUUCGUCCUAGCUGCCAACCAAGCGCAAUUCCAACUCAUAAUUCGCCGCCGCCGCAGUAGCAGCAGCAACGUUUGCUGCCAGCCAACAGCAACAGCAGCAACUUCAGCACCAGCAACAGCAACAACAACAGCAGCAGCAGCAGCAACAACAGCAACAGCAUCUCCUACAGUACCAGCAGCAUCAGCAACUGCAUUUGCAGAAUAGCAGCAGCAACUAUGCGGCAACGCUGCUCGAUGCUGCCUUUUGCUACGAGACCGUAAUGGAUGCAGCCCACUUCCACAACAAUAACAACAACAACAGCAACAUCAUCAACAACAAUAUGCAGACAAUACCAGCAGGUGCUGCUGCAAAUGCUGCUGCUACAGGAGGAGGAGGAGGAUGUGGUGGUGGAGGAGGAGGAGGGGGAACACCGACCUAUCAGGGGAAAUACAAGCGCUGGCAGCAGCAACAGUUGCAACAGCAGGCGCAACUGCAACAGCAGCAACACAAGUUGCUGUUGCAACAAGAGCUGCUGUAGGGUAAGAAGGGUGAUUGAUGACUUCAACUUGAGGGAGGAGAAACGAAACGAUGACAAAGGGAAUUAUUAAAGAACGAGGAGCUGCCUGCAACACUGCCGCCAAGCCAAGCUAAUGUUGCUGCUGCAACAGCAACAACAACACCCCAAUAAUUUCCACAGCGAGUCGCAAAACAACAACAACAAACUUUAAAUUAAAGAAACUAUAUAUAAAUAUAUAUAUGCAUAUAUAUUUUAAAUGUGAUAAACAAGCGUAAAGCAAAAAAAAAAAAAAAAAAAAAAACGAGAAAAUAACAAGAGAGAGAAGAAGAAGAAGAAAGCAGCAGAAACAGCAGGAGAAAGACGAACAACCAAGGGGACGAAACCCCAGAAGAUAGGGAAGAAGCAAAGCUGCAGGAGAAACCCAGAAGAGAGGAAGAAAGAAAAGAAAAGAAAAGAAUGUGAAAGCAGAAGAAAAGCAACGGCUGACAGCUGAGAAGAAACUCCGAGGAGAAGGCUUGAGAAAUUGUUUAUAAAGGCUGCUAUAAACACACACUUUUUUUUUGUUAACUAUAAAUACCAAGCAGAAUAAUUAACAUAAAAUAAAUAAUAUAAUUAAAUGCUACAUUUAAAUUAGUAAGUAGGGUGUCAUCUAAAGCAACACAGAAACGCAGAACGCAAAACACAAUUCCCAACAAUAACAACAACAACAACAACGCGUAAGAGAAGGCAGAUAAUAUUUCUUCUUUGUAUCAAAUAAUAACAAUGCUAAUAUAAAGAAAACAUAGCAAAUUAGCGUAGGCUAAAAAAGCACACAGUAUAAAAUAGCUGAAACGGAAAGACAGCAAAAAAAAUAGGAAGGAUCAUAUAACGACGCAGAAAAAAGGAAAACACUUGCAAUGGGAAAUAACAAUUUGUUGCAUUGUUUUUUUUUCGGUUAUGUUUGUUUGUAGUUCAAACAUUAAAACAAUAACACUCACUCAUACACAGAAUACAGCACAUAAACACACACACACACCGCAGACUGCUUUUGCCUUACAACAACAAAAACAAACAAAAAAAAAAAAACAAAAACUUUAAUUUUAAUCGCUAAUUUCAUUUUGUAUACAUGCAUAUUAAAUAUUAUGUAUUCACGUAUAUAUAAAUCAUUUCCUAACCACGAAUGUCUCUUUUUUAAUAUAAUGCACACAUAUUCAUAUUAUUUUAACGCUUUUUAACAAAGAUGAAGCCACUUUAAAUAUUAUUUUAAUUUUGAAAUUGAAAGAUAAAUCAUUUUUGCUCGUUUUGUAUCAAAAUCCAGAAGAAAUUUGAUUUAAAAAUAAAAGAUACCAUAAAACACAAA